AUGGCCACAGGUGCCAGUGACUGCCCCGAGAAGAGCCCCCAGUACCGGGUAGACCACCUUCUCAGCGCCGUGGAGCCGGAGCUUCAGUCGGGCAGCGAGAAGGGGGAUCCCACGGAGCGAAAUCUGAAAGUUUGCUUAGACGAAAACGAAUUGUGGCAGAAGUUCAAGGAUCUCACUAAUGAAAUGAUAGUAACCAAAAAUGGAAGGCGGAUGUUUCCAGUGCUAAAAGUUAACGUCUCCGGGCUCGACCCCAACGCCAUGUACUCCAUUCUGUUGGACUUUGUGGCCGCCGACAACCACCGGUGGAAGUACGUUAACGGAGAGUGGGUCCCCGGUGGCAAGCCUGAGCCCCAGACUCCAAGUUGUGUGUACAUUCAUCCCGACUCGCCCAACUUCGGAGCGCACUGGAUCAAAGCUCCGGUCUCCUUCAGUAAAGUCAAACUCACCAACAAACUAAACGGCGGAGGCCAGAUCAUGUUAAACUCUUUGCACAAGUAUGAGCCACGUAUUCACAUCGUGCGCGUCGGAGGCCCGCAGAGGAUGAUCACUAGCCACUCGUUCCCGGAGACCCAGUUUAUCGCUGUAACGGCAUAUCAGAACGAGGAGAUCACUGCUCUGAAAAUCAAGUUCAACCCAUUUGCCAAGGCCUUUCUGGAUGUCAAAGAGAGGACUGACCACAAGGACUUCCUGGAGGACCCCAGGGACAGCCAGCAGCCCACUUACUCACACUCUGGCUACAGUGACAGCACAUCCUCCCACCCCUCCCUGCUGCCCUAUCAUGAGAGCUGGAGCCUGCAGAUGAACACCCACCCCUCCCUGCUGCCCACGGCACACAGCGCCCCUCCUGGGAACAACAGUCAGUACACCAGCCUAUGGUCUGUCAGCAGCCCCUCCCUCCCCCCAGUCUCCCAGUCAGGAGGGGGCUUGGCCAACUGCCUGGGUUCCCAGUUCCUGUGUGGCCCCUCCUUUUACCCUGGCCUGGUCACAGCACCCCCCUCAGGCUCUCCGCUGUAUGACAGCAACCUGGACCUGCAGGACAGCGGCCAGUACGACAGCUCUCCACACACACACCACACCUCCGCCUGGACUCCUGUCAGUCCUCCCUCUCUGUGACCCUGGAAAACUCCUCCUCCUGUUGCUCUUCCUCUUCCCAAACACCACAACCCCCACAGCCUUGUUCUGGUUCCACCACAAACACUUCCUUCUCAUUACU